ACAUCUCUUUGUCUACAAUCUCCUCUUUGAUUAUAAGCCAUGGAGCGAAUGGAGCUGAAGAAAGUGAGCACUGAGGCAGAUGACGACAGCAACGACAGCUUGGACGAUCGCUACGCCGGGCCCAUCGACCCCGAGAAGUCCACCAUGAACAGUCAGUAUCUCGAUGAAGAGGAUGCUGAGAGUCAGAAGUUUCUCACAAAUGGAAUGAUGAAGAAGAAGAAGAAAUUUGAGGAGUAUCAUGAAGAAUAUCACCCAGGUCACGCCUCUUUUGGGAUGUCUGUGUUUAAUCUCAGUAAUGCCAUCAUGGGAAGUGGAAUCCUCGGCCUCUCUUUCGCCAUGGCCAACACUGGAAUCAUCCUCUUUUUUAUUCUCCUCUUCGCUGUUGCUAUUCUGUCACUCUACUCUAUUCACCUGCUGCUCGUAACAGCUAAAGAAGGAGGCUCUCUUAUUUAUGAAAAGCUGGGUGAAAGGGCGUUCGGCUGGCCGGGGAAAAUGGCUGCAUUUGGGUCUAUAAUCAUGCAGAAUAUUGGAGCCAUGUCCAGCUACCUGUUCAUUGUGAAAUAUGAGCUGCCGGAGGUAAUCCGAGCCUUUCUGGGACUAGAGGAGAGCUCUGGCGAGUGGUAUCUAAACGGGAAUUACCUGGUUGUGUUUGUGUCUAUUGGAAUCAUCCUACCUCUGGCCCUUCUCAAGAACCUGGGUUACCUAGGCUACACCAGUGGCUUCUCUCUCUCAUGCAUGGUCUUCUUUUUGGGCGUAUUGAUUUAUAAGAAGACCCAGCUCCCCUGUCCGUUGCCAUUCUUCUACCAUCACUCGGCCAAUACGAGUCUAAACGGUUCUUCGCUGAUGAAUCCGUAUGCGUCGCAUAACAGUUCAGCUCUGAUGGAGUUCUCUCGAGCAGACACGGGCAGCAGUCACCUGGAGCCCCAUACUCCCUCUUUACCCGUCUCCAGUGUCCACUACACCCCUCAUUCCGAUGACGACGAGGACAUGUGCACACCUAAAUACUUUGUGUUCAACUCCCAGACUGCAUAUACUGUACCUAUUCUGGCUUUUGCCUUUGUGUGUCACCCAGAAGUCCUUCCCAUUUACAGUGAACUCAAAGAUCGCAGCCGAAAGAAAAUGCAAAAUGUAUCUAACCUGUCGAUUUUGGCCAUGCUUAUAAUGUACAUGCUGUCGGCUCUGUUUGGCUACCUCACAUUCUACGAUAAUGUGGAAGCAGAGCUGCUGCACACCUUCACCAAGGUUUAUAAGUUUGAUACUAUGCUUCUGUGUGUGCGUCUCGCCGUGCUGACUGCUGUAACACUCACUGUUCCCAUCGUCCUCUUCCCUAUUCGCUCUUCUAUCAACACGCUGCUCUUUGCUGAGCAAGAAUUUAGCUGGAUCCGACAUAUGCUAAUUGCCGCCGCCAUCUUGAUUUUCAACAACCUCCUCGUCAUCUUUGUCCCAACAAUCAGAGAUAUUUUCGGCUUUAUAGGGUCCUCUGCUGCCACCAUGCUUAUCUUCAUCCUACCUGCUGCCUUCUACCUGCGCCUGGUGAAGAGUGUACCAUUCAGGUCCACCCAGAAAAUAUCAGCAGCCAUUUUUCUGAUAGUGGGCAUCAUCUUUAUGAUUGGCAGCUUGUCUCUCAUCAUUCUUGACUGGAUCCACAACCCUCCUGGAUCUGCAAAUGGCCAUUAACCUUCCCUGCCUGACGUCCCCAUUAAUGCAGACUGAGGGUUAAUAUGUAAGCAUGUGAUGUAAUGGACACGUUCCAGAAGACACCCUCUCGGCAUUACAGCAUUACAAACAGACCUUCACCCAACGUGUUCUCUUUGCCUCUCUAUGUCUUUAUGUUCUCCCAAUUUCCUCACACGUCAUGUUUUAACACCGAGCAUACCGCACUCUUAGCGGAUGUAGUUGCGAAACUCCAGCCGCACACAGAGUGUCAGUGCUCGCCUCUAGGAGAUUUGGAACGAUAAAGAGAGAGGGAAGCAAAAACAAGUCUGAACUGACUGCCUCAGAUACUGCAGAAGAAAAGGCUGUCAUGGUGCUUCAGGAGUUCAUCCUCAUGAUGGAUAAACAGCACUUCUGGGUUGUGUUUAAGAUUCUUAUGUAUGUUCACAGACAGGCGCAAACAACACAAACACACGUGCUCCCCCCAUACUCCCAACCCCACCCCCACCCCCCGCUGGCACCAGUAGGCUUUUAAACACCAGGGAGCUUUUUAGUCUGUAAUUUCUGUUUUAGGAAAAGAAAAAAAAAGGUUGCUUUUUAUUUAUAGUCAUUUGAUCAGUUUUUUAAGGUGUUUGAAUUACAAAGGAAAUGUCCAUUAUUAUCAUCAUCAUUAUUAUUAUUAUAGAUUAUGGACAAAACAUUCUCUCAAGGUUCCAAGAGAUGCAAGGACGUGUCAGAUCUCCGUCGCGUGCAUCGCAUUUACUCUGUAAUGCUAGAACAAAACCGCUGCAGACGGCCUCUAUGCAAGAUAAUGUGAAAUUCCUCAAUUAAAUUAAAGCAAAAAGAAGCGCCUUGGGGAUCCUCUCCCUAAAUGCUGAGUGUGAAUCUUAAACAUCCGGCUUCAUUCCAGCUCUGAUACUGUCAUACAGUACCACACAAAAAUAGGACAGCUGGCUCUGACCUUUUUUGGCUUUAGGUGAAAUCUGAGAGCUUGAUGCCAGAAUGGGCUUCAUGCUAUUAGUCAUCAGCCACUUUGUGAACAGUACCAGUACAAGUAUAUAGUGAAAGGUAAAGGGUUCGUACUCUUCACUUAUGCUGGUUCUCGGUUCUGCAAAACCUACACCGAGAGAGUAAAAACGGUCAGAGAAGGUUAGAAGAAUGCCUCAGUAUUUUGAACCGUACUGUACAGAUAAUGUGAUGGCAAACAUGAACUGCCUGUUUCUUAUUGGGAUAAUUUGCUGAAUCGUUUAGAGUUAUGCUGUGAAUCAAGGCAGCUUUCACCUCUUUUAAAUCCUUUUUUUUCUGAUAUCCUUUUAGAGUAAAGUAAUUCCCAAACAUAGAAAAUAUUGUAAAGUGUCUUAAUUAUUUCAUCUUUCAAAAAUGUCUUUUUUUGCACAGAUUUGUAGUCAUCCCAUUUGCCCCGCUCUCGUUUAUCCUUUAUUGUGCCUCGCCACUGUAAAGGUUUCAGUCGUGUCAGAAUGGAGUUGUGUACAGAGACCAUUAGACAAACCAAACACUGCUGAUUUCAAUAUUUUGUGCUGAUAUUUUUUCUUGUUUGUUUGUUUUUGUUGUUCCUAUCCAGCCAAAGUGGACAGUAUUUAUAGAUCGUUUGUUGAUCUACAUAGAUAUAGACAGAUAUUUCAAAUGAAAUGGUAUAUUUUGUGCAUGUUUUGGAUCAUGGUCUUUUUUGACAGCUGUAUAUUCUUUGUAAAUAAUUUGCUAUAAGGUGUACACUUACUGGGUUCUUCAGGAUAAGGAGGGAUAUCAUCUCAAGUGUUUACUGAUACAGUUUAACUCUUUUGUAUCUUAGCCCUGUUUGUUAGUCGACUAACUUCUUUCUUUCUUCUUUUUUCUUUCUUUCUUUCUUUCUUUCUUUCUAUCUUUCUAUUUUUUCUUGAUUUGUAAAUUUUGUGAUAAAAAAUAUUGUAUUUCUAUUAUUUAGUGUCCUGCUUGGCUAUUUUUAUGAAUGAACACAAAACUGAAGCAUUUUUAACCUCUCUUGUUUUUUAAUUCUUGAUGGUACAUAACAAAAACGUAAAUGGCUGUAUUGCAUAUGGAUGAAGAUCAUCUUUUGCUCGUCCCUAUCUCAAUUUUCUAUACUUUUUUUGUAUGCCCUAUAUAAUGUCUUUAUGAUGUAUCCUGGGGCAGGGUCCAGUCCGCCUCUGAAACAGAGGAUAAACACUGAUGCUUUUUGCUUACUGUAAGUCAGGCUGUAGUCACUCAUGUCUUGCACGCUUAUGUGUAUGCUUAGUGUUUGAUGUCAUGGUCAUACUGGAUGGGCUUUAGCUUUGUGCCUUGACGUUUCCUCAGGUCUUUUAAAGGGAGUCCAGCUUCAUUUGUGGAAGGGUCCCAUACAGAUUUUCCUCUAAUACCUCAGGAUUGUUUUGGAUAUUUAUUGCUGUACUUUGAUUUUCAAAAGCGCUGACCGUGACACAAAGCUCAAACCCAGGAGCCCCUCCACAGAUGAAGCUUAACCCCCCACAGCUAAAGCUCUACUUCUCUCUCCAACUGUUCUACCUGAGUGCCAUCUGACCCACAGGGAGCAGUUGCAUGCCAUUGGCUGAGCCGACUCCGCUUCCUGUGGAUCAACCAUGAUUUGCAUAUUUAUGGUGUCAAAGGGUUUUUGUAUCAUUGAAGGUGUUUCAGUCAUAUGUAAUAUAAAAAUAAAAACAGAAACAAAUCAAAAUUA